AGAUUAAUGUUUAAACGAGCUUAUGAAUAGGUAACAUCGUUUCAUCGGUGCGGAUUGUGGAAUUAGUUGAACUUUAUUUUUACAGUUCGGUUGACUUGUGAAGUGCGUUUAGAUUUUUACGAAAUUGUCACGAUGUUUGAUAAUAGAUUAUUGAAAGAUGUUUACUUGGGUUUGUGUUUCGUUAUGGUAUUCAAUUCGUUUAAUAUACUGUCCAGUGUACAAAAAACCAUGACUGCAAGUAUCGAAAAAGACAACCCAUCGGUUCAUCUAGAUGGGUAUAUUUCUCUUGGUAUUGUAUAUACAGCACUUUCCUUCGGUAUGUGGCUGUCACCGGGGAUAAUUGCGAAAACCGGCCCAAAAUAUGCCAUGAUUAUCGGUACCAGUUUUUAUUUAUUGAUAAUGGGCAUGGAAAAGACAUCCUUCAGAAGAGAAGAUGAAGACGAUGAGGUGGAUGACGUUCAAAACGAACUGUUGGACGACGACGACGGAGUAGCGGUGAUCGAACCGGUGGUCGGUAAUAAUGCUCUGGAACCAGAACCGGAAGCCGAAGCAGAAACGAGCAACGAUGAUUUCUCUGAUUCGGAUGCGGAUUCAGAAUCCGAUUCCGAUUCUGAUUACUCGCCGAACAAUGACAACGACAAUGAUGCGGAUGCCGAUGGCGACGCUAAUGCCGAAUCCGAAACAGACAGCGUUAAAUCGCUUCGAAUUGGGCGAGAAACGCGAUCAAACGCGGAAAGCUCAUCGGAUGAUAUUUUGUUGAUGCUGAGAAAUGGCGCCAAUUCGAAAAAAUUACAACCACCCGAUAUUCUGAAUGACGAUGCAGUAACAGACAUAUCGUUUUCGCCAACGCACGAUAUAAUCGCCGUCGCAACUGCCGAAGGUGACAUCUAUUUGUACAGUUACGAUGUAGAAAACACUCAAGUCGCUUUAAAGUACUCGGCUCAUAUGGGCAGUUGCAGACGCAUCGAGUUCGACGACCAAGGAGAAUCUAUAUACUCCAUUUCCGACGAUAAAUGUAUUAUAGUGGCUGACGCGAAUUCUGGCAAAUUCAAGAACGUUUUUGAUGACGCUCAUAGUCAUCCGAUUUAUUCCUUACUGGUGAUAAACGAUAAUUUAUUUUCUACUGGCGAUGACGAAGGACAUGUGAAAUUGUGGGAUAAACGCAGAAGAGAGCAGGUAUUUUCGUUGAAAGUUGGAGCCGACUACGUGAGUUCGUUGAAAUGCUUGGACGAAGCUAGCACUCUGGUGUGUACAGCCGGAGAUGGAGUGGUCAGCGUCAUCAAUAUGAACAGUAGAAAACUCGCCAACAAAUCUCAGCCAUACGAUGCCGAAUUGACUUGCAGCGAUUUAUUUUGCUCCAACACUAAAUUGGCAGUGGGUACGACGACGGGUGCUCUGCUGAUGUACAGUUGGGGCGAGUUUUCAUCGUGGAACGACGAAUUUCCGGGUGUGGAUGACAAAAAGCACGCCAUCAACUGCAUGAUACCAGUUACCGAGAAUAUCGUCGUUACUGGCAUGGACGAUGGUUUAUUAAGAGCAACAAAUUUAUUCCCGAUGAGGCACGUCGGUAUCGUUGGUCAGCAUGGUGGCACAGUCGAAUGUAUCGAUAUAAACGCGGACGGUACUUUGCUGGCAUCCGCAUCCAUCGAUAACAAAGUACGCUUCUGGAACGUGGAAUAUUUCGAAGACAUCCAUAUUACCGACAAGAUGGCUUCCAAUAAUAACAAGGCUCGAGAACAUAAUCUUCCGUCGUCGUAUGGUCAAAACAGUACCGACUUUUAUUCGGGUUUAUCGUGAAUUCGUCAAUUUAUCAAUUCGCCAAUUUGCGAAGCCCAAACCCAUGACCCAAACCUUUUCGUUGGUGCGUUGUGUUGUCUUACGUAGUAUCUAUCUAUCUACCCAAUUACGAUGUACUUUCAAUUUUGUACAUAUGUAUGUACUACGUACAAAUGAGUAGGAUGUUGUCAGCGUAUAGCGAUUUGCGUUUACCUACUCGUAUAUGUACCAACUUGUCAUAAUACGUGUUUGUAUCUACAAAUAAAAAUCGAACCUAUCGCCGCCUA